GGGUUAAGCAAACGUGCGCGGCAAAAUCACAGCUGACGGAGAAUACGGAGAUAACGCCGUGGAAAAGCGUGACGAUUUCCUUCCGAAUUUUACUUUCUUUUACAUGACCACGUCAAAACUUAGUUUUCUGGAGCCUUUUUUUUCAAAAUUUGAUUCAAGGUUCUUAUUUAACUGAUUUCGACUUUGUUUGAAUAUCCGAAAUGGACGACGACGACGAAUUCACCGGAGCUGGCAGUCGCCUGGCCAAAAUUAGGGCUGCGAUCGACGCAGAGCUCAAAAACAAGCAAACCGAGGAGCUGGACGUUUUUUCCAUUCUCGGAUCGGGGUCAAGGAAGCCUGCUGAGACGGUGGAGAAAAGCGCAGCCAAGAAGCCCAGCCCACCAAAAGUUCAAAAGCUGACUUUGGAAAGUCCAACUGCAGAGGAGGUCGAUGAAGACGGCAACGAAAUAAUACUCUCGAGUACAGAUGAGGAGGAAAAGGAGCAGAUGCUUGAGAUGGUCAGGCGCAAAGUGCGCAAGGAAAACAAGAACAGGGCAAACUACUUUAGGAUGAAAGAAAUGGACGCCUCUUUCGAUGUUGAGCAGCAAAUCUUCUCGUACCUUGAUGAAGUGAACCAGAAAGAGUUCGAUCGGCGCAUGACUGAGGAGAAUGAAGAGGUGGAGACCCUGGAGCAAAACUACGAGAUGACCGUCAAAGUUCGCUGGAACUUUGGCGACGUCUCCCGAUUCAAAAUCCGUCGCCUGCAGACCUUUGAGUCCAUCUUCAACGCAAUUUCUGAGAUGCACAAUUUGUCCAAGGAGAAAAUCGUGCUCGAAUUUGGAGAGGACAGCGUACGAGUCACUGCUGAGGACACACCUGACAGCCUGGGAGUCUCGAUUGCCCACAUUCUCGACGGCUACCCCUUGAAGGAAUCUGUUGGCAUCUCAGCCCAGGAGGAUGAAAACAAAGGCUUGAUCGAAAUCAAGGUGCAGCUGCGAGACAGACGAGUGGAGAAAUUGUCCCUCUUUGUUCGCACGGAUGAAAACUUCUCCAAGCUGUACUGCCAGGUGGCUGAGAAGCUGGAGGUGCCUGUGGAGAAACUGAGACUUUUGUUUGAGGGAGACGUCGUGGAACAAGAACAAACAGCUGGAGAUCUCGACCUCGAGGGCGGAGAGGUCAUGGACUGCAUUAUUCAAAGCUAAGUCCGUCUAGUUUAAUUUGCAAAGACAAUGAAAGUAAGAAUUUUAUUGUAACUCAGAAAAGUGUGAAUUUAUUUUUUACGAUAUUAAGACUAAAAUAAAUAAUUCCAGUAAUAUAUUAUCAAAAAUGCCCACAACAUUUUAUUUUGCU